GAAAGAAUGAGCCAGCCAGUUGGUCUUGUGGUGCCUUAGUGAUCACACGUAGCGGCAUCUUUGGACGCCGAUGAGGUUUUUAUUGGCCGCUGCCGCCUUCCUGGCCGCCCUCACACAUGCACAUGAGGUGGCCAGGAGGCAGACCACUACCCCGCCCCGACGAGUGGUCUGUUACUACACGAACUGGUCUGUCUAUCGGAAAGGUGUAGCUAAAUACACCCCGCAGAACAUCAACCCUUACCUGUGCACUCACCUGGUCUAUGCCUUCGGAGGUCUGACGGAUGAGUUCGAGGUGAAACCCUUCGACUCAUACCAGGAUAUUGAGCAAGGCGGAUAUGCGAAGUUCAAUGGGCUCAAACAGUACAACAAGGGGCUGAAGACUCUCCUGGCCAUCGGAGGCUGGAACGAAGGCUCAGGCAGGUUCAGCGAGCUCGUGUCUCUACCGGAACUCCGCAAGGCUUUCAUCAUCUCUGCCAUCAAACACUUGCGACGCUACAACUUCGAUGGGCUGGACCUCGACUGGGAGUACCCGGCUUCAAGGGAUGGAUCAGCACCCGAAGACAGAGAGAACUACGCCCUGCUUGUCUCCGAACUCCGCGCAGCCUUCGAGGAUGAGGGCAAGAAGGUGAAGGCGGGCCGUCUGCUGCUCACUAUGGCAGUCCCCGCUGGCCAGAACUACAUUGACAAAGGUUACGACGUUCCCUCUCUCACCAGAGAUCUCGACUUCAUCAACAUCCUGAACUAUGACUACCACAGCGCCUACGAGCCCUCCGUGAACCACCACGCGUCCCUCAUGCAACCGCCCGGCACCUCAGAGUACGCCUGGAACGCCCAACUCAAUGUGGACUGGACAGUGAAGUACUACAUAGAGCUCGGGGCAGACGCGGACAAGCUGGUCAUCGGCAUUCCAACCUACGGCCGUUCCUACACCCUGAUCGACGGAAACUUCACCGACUUUGGAGCCUCAGCGGACGGUCCCGGCGAGCAGGGCAAAUACACGCGGGAAAAGGGAUUCAUGGCUUUCUAUGAGGUGUGCGAGAACAUUGCGUCCCACGGAUGGUCUGUCAAGAAACCAUUCCCGCGCCGAAUCGGACCCUACGCUUUCUCCGGGAACCAGUGGGUGGGCUACGACGACGAGAAGAUCGUGGCCAGGAAGGCGGAGUACGUCAGAGAGAACGGUCUGGGAGGAAUCAUGUACUGGAGUCUGGACAAUGACGACUUCCGCGGCAUUUGUAACGGUGAGCAAUACCCACUGAUCGAGGCCGGCAAGAAGGCUCUCUUCGGCACUGAGGGAGACGUUGACGAGGCCCUGAACGAAGCUAGAAACCUGCAGAAGGCCCCCGCACCGGCACAACAAGUACCUGAGCCUCCAACCAAAGAGACCGAAACAAGACGCCGCCGCCCAGCCAGACCUCGCACACGCCCCGCUUCCCGCACCAUCACCACCACCACCACCACAACCACCAGCAGGCCGCGAACUCGCACACGGACCCGCACUCGAGAUCGUAACCAGGACACCCAAGCACCCUCCAGGACUCGCACCAGGGAGGAGACUCGACAGAGUGCCCCUGGGGAAAGAAUUCGCCGUCCCGUCAGCCUGUCCGCCCGCCUCAAGAACAGACGAACGACCAGCACCACCACCACUACCACCACCACACGAAGGCCCGCUACGACUGCAUCCACUCGUCGGGACCCAAGCACCAGGCGACGACCAGGCACCAGGCGACGACAAGGUAGCAAGCGAACCACCACAACCACCAUCCAUCCCCUGCACACGCCGCCUCCUCCCACCACCCCCAGCCCGGUCUCCAGUUUCGCGUGUCGUCGUGAGGGCUUCUUCCCGAAUCCCGACGACUGCCACAAAUAUUACUGGUGUCUGGACUCCGGGGCUUCUGGGCUCGGCAUUGUGGCCCACACCUUCACCUGUCCCUCCGACCUCGUGUUCAGCAAAACGAUCGACGGCUGCGACCACCCAACGCGAGCCAAAUGCAGCACCACCAAGAGGAACAGAGGAGGAGCCAGCGCCACCACCCAGGGUCCCUCCACUCCCAUCCCCACCACCACGGAGAUCCCUGUUGACUACUCUUACCUCGACGACUACUACCAAGACGAGGAAGAUUACUACUACGACUAUUACUACGAUGAGGAACCGCCGGCAGAAGAGUCUCCAAACACUGCUGGGAGACAAUUCCAAAAUUCAGGCGGUAAUCAGUUCUCCGAAGGCCCAACCACCGCCACCGAGGCCCCAGAGACCCAGGACACUGCCACCGGUGCCAGGCUAGGAGGCCGCACCCGUCCCCAGUACAGCUCCAUUAGUCGCGACAGACCUCAGACACCAGCGCCCGCCACUGAGGACACCGUCAGUACCGGCCGUCAGGAUGUGCGCGGCUCGGACAACGCUCGGCCACAAUACACCACCAUUACGAGAGACCGUCCCACUUCCGCGGCCGAGCCAGAACAGGCUGCACAGCCUAGGGAGAGCGACGCGCCCACAAGAGAGCGCCAAUACACUACCAUCGAGAGACAGCACCCUGCCGCUCAGAGUCGCCCCGCUGAGCAAGACACCGAUACAAGGCAAGUAGCACCUCCUACAGAAGAGCGCCAGUAUGCCACUAUCGAAAGACAGCGUCCUGCAGCUCAGAGCCGCCCUGCAGAGCAAGAUACUGAGCCAAGGCAAGUAACACCUCCUACAGAAGAGCGCCAGUAUGCCACUAUCGAAAGACAGCGUCCUGCAGCUCGCCCUGCCCAGCAGGAGAGCGAAACGAGGCAAGCUGCUCCUCCCACAGGAGAGCGCCAGUACGCCACCAUCGAGAGACAACGCCCUGCCGCUCGUCCUGCCCAGCAGGAGAGCGAGACGAGGCAAGAAGCUCCGGCUACCGGAGACCGCCAGUACAGUACCAUCGAGAGGCAGCGCCCUGCCGCAGAUCGCCGCCCUACCCAAGAGGAGAGCCUAACAGAAGCAGACCCUGCCACAGGAGACCUCGAAUAUGUUGUCAUUGAAAGGGUUCGUCCAGCGACGUCCAGCAGAGUGACGCCGGCAGCCGACAGUCUUUUCCCGACGGAACCAACUCUUGAGUACGUGACCAUAACCCGCACCCGACUCUCUCCCACCGCCACUCUUCCUCUCUCCUCCGUCACUGAGGCCACAGUCAGUGCGGCAGAAGAUCUGGAGGGCAGAGCUCCCGUUACACCCAGGUACGUCACGAUCCAACGAGAGCGGCCCGCCACUCCCGCCACGCCCGCCACAGAGGAGCCCUUCGUCCCCGAGGAGCCUGAGGUGACCAGCCCGCCCGUGGAGGAGGUGACCAGUUCCCCGCCCAGAAUCCUCGUGCCCACCUCCCGACCCCGCGUCCCACCCACGCCUCCAAGAAACUUCUUCCGUGCUCGCGUCACCACCACCCCUUCCCCCGAGCAGCCCGACACUCUCCGCCCGGAGUCCCGAGAGCGCCCCACCCGACCCCCUGUCACUCGCAGACCUGUUCGUCCCGCUGUGGAGGCCGCCAGGACCACAACACCUGAGGAAGAAGUUGCCGUCACUCUUCCUGCCACUGAGAUCCCGGAAGUGGGUCCCUCCGUCCUCCCCAUCCCCGUCGAGGAGGAGCCACUCCCCGUCUUCCCCGAGGAUGUGCUAGAGACCACUUUCGUGCCGGAAACUUCCGAUAAACCUUCCCUGCUUUCACUCUUCACACUUUCCCCUGACCUGCCUGAUCCCACCUCCCCGGCCUUCACCACCCCCGCACCCACCACGCCAGCCCCCACCACGCCAUCCACCACUACGCCCAAGACCAGGCUUCGCAUAUCACCAAGACCCAUACGCCCACGUGUCCGCCCGAGCUUCAAACCGCGACCUACUACACCCCAACCCACCACACCCCAACCAACUACCACUGCCCGAGCACCCCCGCCCCGUACCCCGAAGCCCACGCUGCCUCCUCGGCCCCGAGCUCCCAGACCCACGCUGGCGCCCUUCUCCCGCGUCCCUGAGACUCCAGCAGCAGGUGGUGCCCCAGCGUCAUCAAUCCUAGACGGCACUGAUUACUACGACUAUUACUACGAUGACCUGGACGGUGUCCUCACGGGCACGCUGGGUGAUCUAGCCUCGCUGACGGACAAGGCCGUGCUGCUGCCCGAUGGCUCCGUGCAGUGCUACGACACUGGCUAUUUCGUGCACCCCCACUCAUGCAAGAAGUUCAUCUCGUGCUCCAAGACAGUGCGCGGGCUGGUGCGAGGCUGGGUGUAUACCUGCCCGCAGAAUCUCGUGUUUGACCCUGUCGGCGGCAUGUGCAACUGGGCUGAGGCGGUUGAUUGUCAGUAAAAAGCAAUAACAGCAAUGCGAAAUGACAACAACGGCGCCAAACCGCGACACAAAUAACACCUGCAGAAUGAGGGAAUGCAACUUCAACGGUGGCGACAGACGAAACGGUCCUUACCUCGCCACAACGCGCAUCCCACCCCGCCACGAGACACAUUACCCAACACUUCACCAAACGCUGUGAGGUUCACUUGCCUGAAUACAUUGAUAAUGGUAUUUAACAACUAGGAUUUGUAAUCUCUCCCAUCUUAUUUAGAUCCACAAACACUCCCAAAGUGACACUCGGCUGUUGAACGUCACCCAGGAAAGCAACACACCGCCGAAGGUGUGUGUGUGUGUGUGUGUGUGUGUGUGUGUGUGUGUGUGUGUGUGUGUGUGUGUGUGUGUGUGUGCUUCACAAGCUCCUUCAUUCUGGACACAUCACACAUGCUCAUCCUCACCUUCUGUCAUCGAUGUACUACUGGCAAAGCUUGAUCGUGAGGCGUUCCAGAAUUUUGUUGUUGAUUUGAAUUAUUUCCCACUUUUAGUUAUGCAGUAAGUGUGUGUGUGUGUGUGUGUGUGUGUGUGUGUGUGUGUGUGUGUGUGUGUGUGUGUGUGUGUGUGUGUGUGUGUGUAUAUAUAUAUAUAUAUAUA